AGUCACCCGGAAGUGUUCAUGUUUUUAUGUCUUUUAUUAGAGGAUUUCCUCUUAAUAUUUGUAUGUCAGGUGAUUAGAACCGUGAUUUACUAUCGUUUUUUUAUUAUCAGUUGUAAAAGAUAUAUAACGUAUUGUAUCCUUUUUCUAAAUUCUGCAAGACAACUAUGUCGUAAAAGAAACUUUGACGUUUGACAGACAGGCAUUCCAUAUUUCAAAGCACUAACUUCACCAAUAGUUACAAUGACUUGUGUCAGAUUGUCAACACUAAUCGCUUGUAUAAUUACAGGACAUGUAUUAUGUAUAAAAUUAUUAGUCUCACCGGACUAUAUCUUGGGUGGUACUGAACUGGCAUUGAACUGCAGUUUAGAUAACAACUUUUCAGAUCCAUGGGUGACAUUCCAUAAAGACGCAACAUUGAUUGGCUUCAUUCGAAAUUGCAGUGAAAAUGGAAUGACAUCCUGUUCAUUAACAACUAAAUGUCAUUGUGAUUUAAACACAAGUACAUAUAUAUGGAACUAUACACCGUCUAGUGAAAACGUGAUUGAUGCUACUUUUAACUGUACUAUGGGUAAUUCUCAAAGUGAUAGAAUUACAGUCAAAAAGGCUGAGUUGUCAGGUAUAACGAUAUCACCUGCUAUACCAGUAUUUAGAGUGACAGAGAAUGCAACUGUUCACAAUUUCACAUGCACAGCUUUAUGUUGGCCAGAAUGUAGUUUUAAAUGGACUGGGCCAAACAAUUUUAUAAACAAUGAUGAUAAAUUAAGACUGAGCAACAUCAAAAAGUCAAGUUCUGGAAAGUACCAAUGCCAAGCAACAAAUGUCGUAGGAACAAAUUACAGUAACUUUAUGGAAAUUAAAGUUCAACAUAGUCCUAAUAAUAUAUCGCUUUUUCCAUCGAUUACAUAUUAUACAAAGGAAGAGGGUGAUUCCCUAAACGUAACAUGUUCAGCUUUAUGUGAACCUGCAUGCAAUUUUGAGUGGACGUAUCCAAAUAAUACUAAACAUAACAGCAGCAUUUUACAAAUCGAAUCAUUACAACGAACAAAUGAUGGAAAAUACACAUGCAGAGCAUUUAAUUACUUCGGCCAUAAAACAUCAGCUUUAACGGUUACGAUAAACUUUGGUCCCAGAGAAAUUUUGCUAUCACCUUCGAAUUCCAAUUACUCAAAGAAAGAAGGAGAUUCACUUGGUAGCAUCAUGUGUACGGCUGAUUGUAAUCCAGCUUGUCGGUUUGAGUGGACAUACCCUGAUGGCACAAAACGUAAUGGCGCAUCUUUAGUUCUAUCUUAUUUACAAAAGAAUCAUGAUGGAAUUUACAAGUGCAAAGGAUUCAACGAUGUCGGAUAUAAAGAAAAAAUCGUUACUGUUACAGUAGAUUAUGAUCCUGGGAACAGCAUUUUCUUUUCGCCAUCAAGUACAAGUUAUACAAAACUGGAAGGAGAAUCGUUAUGGAACAUAACAUGUUCGGCUGAUUGCAAACCGUCGUGUACUUUCGAAUGGACGUAUCAAGAUGGUACAAAGUACCCGGGUAGCACGUUAAUGAUUGGUCGACUAAAUAGGACACAAGAUGGUGUAUACAAAUGUAAAGGAUACAACCUCAUCGGUUAUUCAGAGAAAACCAUUACGGUUACAGUAAAUUAUCCUCCGGAAUCAAUACGAUUGUCACCAACCAACUCACCCUUUAUUGUCCGAGAAUAUACGACUGUUCGUGUGAUAUGUACAGCUGACUGUAGACCUACUUGCAGUUAUCAAUGGACUGGGCAAAAUACCUGGUCCUCAGCAAACAAAGAUUUAACGUUAACAUCAAUAAGGAGAACUUCAACUGAUACCUAUACAUGUAGAGCUCGUAACAUCAUAAAUCCGUCAUACCGUUAUGCUGAAGCUUCUGUAUCAAUAAUUGUACACACAUUACCUACCAAGAUAACAAAACUGACUUUGGAUUGCACCGGAUCUUCAACAGUUUCAAUUGCCUGGAUUCCAGAUCUGACCGUUUUGCCUACGCAAAACUAUACAAUACAUUACAGAACAAACAGUAAAUCAGGGCAAACUCGUGGUGUCUCUAACUCCACAAAUCAACAAAACAUUUAUCUCAUACAUAUAGAAAACCUGACACCAUUGACAAAUUACAUGUUUAAAAUAUCAUCAGGAAACUAUUUAGGACGUGCGGAGUCGGAAGAGGUUAGCUGUAAAACUUUUGCAUCUGAAGCGGUAGAUUCCCAAGUGAAUGGUGCUUUGAUAGGAGGAAUAAGUUUGAUUAUUCUUGCUUUGUUGGUUUUUGCUGUAAUUAUAACUUUGAUGCUGUUGUAUAGAUUUGGAGACACACAUAGUCAAAGUUGUAUCCACAAAUGUUUCACAAAAAUAUUAAGAUCAUCAAAGGGGAAAGAAGGAAUAUAUGAAAAUACACAACCCACGUCUGAGUAUAGUAAUCCUGGAUUUGAUGGUUCAGAGGGCAAAAUAGACUCAAACGUAGCAGCUAAAGACAAUUGCGAGAACGCCUAUGAACCUCUUCAAAGAGGGAAACAAAACACCACGUUACCUCUUCCAGUAGUUAAACCUGCAGAUCUUAGAAAACCACUGAAUCCUCAGUAUGUAAACAUUGAUGGGAUGACAAAGAAGACAAAUCCGGAAGAAAAAAUAGCAUUGAGGCCUAUUGUUAAACCAAAACCGAAACGAAAUACUUGAAAAAAAAUAUUUAACUGAUUAUGACAUUUUUAAGGUUUCGGAAAGUUCAAGAAGAAGACUUACAUUUUUUGUACAUAUAACUUACUCUGAAAUCAUUCGUUUGUACAUUUUAAAAUUAUAAGGGAACUAAGUUUCAACUCCCUCAGGCAUAGUUGACCUUAGAUGGAUAUGGCUAUUUUUAAGGCCCUUUGGUAAUAUAGCUUUCAACUGUUUCGGUUCUUAAACAUCCUUGGCUUUAAAUAUUCGGCUUUGAGCGUUCCUGAUGAAGGAAAAUCAAGAAAAGCGCUUCGGACGCAUGACAUUAAUAACGUGUUGUUUUAUAUUUUACUAUCAUAUUGUAAAAAAGAAACCGUAGCUUUUCGAUCUAUGAUAGAUUUUGCAUGUUUUAUCUUCUUAAUCGAUUGGUGACGUUUCAACAUCGGUAACCUGGUAUUGCAUUUAUUUAUGUACAUGUUGUAUUCUGGAACAUCUUAAUUUUGUUGUUGUCGAUUUAUAUUAUACAUAGUUUUACUUAUAAUACUUUGUUCAUAAUAAAAGUAAAGAACGUGUAUGUUCUGUAUAAAUCUCAUUUCAAUAGGAUACAUCAUGAUAUAUGACAUAAAAAGAGAACAUUUAGCAAGAAAAUAAAUGUGAGCAUUGCCUUCAAAGUUAUUUCAUCUUUAUUCAUAGAAAUAAAAAAAAAACAUUAUAUUAAUCAUUCAAGACUUUUAUUUUUAACUGUAAAAUAUGUUUUGAUUAAAAAGUUCAAUUCGUCGAAUAAGAUUAGACAUAAAUAAAUAAUAUAGAAAUAUGAAAUCAAGAAAUCAGGAAAAACAUCAGUCGGUAAGAUGUAUGAGGUUAUUGGAAACAUUUGACAGUAACUUUCAUAAAUGACCAAUUUGUACUUUUUCUAUGUAUGUUUUGAUAGACUUAGUCAAUUACAUAUAUUUUAGCCAAAAGAUAUUUCGCUAAAAAUUAUCAGUUCGAAAUCGAUUCAUUAAAAUCUCGGAUUUUUACAAACUAAGGGUAUAUCGUCCACAAUAAAGCAAUAUUGUUCUUGCCUUAUGUCUGAAAAUUGUCUCAUUGGCAAUUUAACCACAUAUCCUUAAUUUUAGCUCGAGAAUAUAUAUUCAUUAUGGCUAAAAAACGGCUCGUUUUCAAAAAAAUCACUCUUGAAUUGCUCUAUGAAAAUUGUAAUGUAUUGUUUUUAAUUAUUAGAUGAAUUUUGAAGAAUUAAGAUCGUUAAUGGGUAGGCUUAUGAAAUUAUGUUAAUUUGGUAGGUUGACAAUAAAAAAGUUGAAAAUAGUUUUAAAAUUUACAGCUAAUAUAAUUUGUUGUUGUAUUUCAGAAUGGUUGAAUAUCAUUAAAAAAGUAUAUAAAAGAAGCC